AUGGAGUCGGAGUAUGUCGCUGUUGUAGUCCUUCAAAGCAACACCCUGCUGCUGGUCGGCCACGAAAGCCAGUGUUGCCACGCUUGCCGACCCGAUCGCGCGACACUUGGCCACGGCUUUGCCAAGUUCUUCAAGGGAGAAGGCCAAUCUGCCGCUGCCGCCACCACCCAACAACCCCCACGCCUUCGCGGCCUACCAUCUGCACCAGGCCAUCAACUCGCGGAAUUUGAAUCGACGCUCAGUGGACUCGAACACGCGGUUCGGUGUCAUUUCGACAACGUCGCUGAGCACCUUUCGCAAGACCUUCUGCUCCAGCGGGCGCUGCCAGUCCACAUGAGGGACAUCGCCAUGCUGAAAGACGAAGUUGGGAAACACGAAGGUAGUGCUGGACAGAUUGGCACCGGAAGCACGCAGUGUUGA